AUGAGCGCACCUCAAGCCAACGAGGCGGAAAAGAACAUUGAAAUAUGGAAGGUUAAGAAGCUCAUCAAGCGGCUCGAAGCAGCCAGAGGAAAUGGAACCUCCAUGAUUUCGUUGAUUAUUCCUCCCAAAGAUCAGGUUUCCCGCGCCGCCAAGAUGUUGGCUGAAGAAUACGGUACCGCUUCCAACAUCAAGUCCCGAGUCAACCGUCUCUCUGUGUUGUCCGCCAUUACCUCCACCCAGCAGCGUCUCAAGCUAUACAAUAAGGUCCCUCCCAACGGCCUCGUCGUCUACUGUGGUGAAAUCAUCACCUCCGAAGGAAAAGAGCGAAAGAUCAAUAUUGAUUUCGAACCGUUCAAGCCUAUCAAUACCUCUCUCUACCUUUGUGACAACAAGUUCCACACCGAAGCCCUGAGCGAGUUGCUCGAGUCCGACCAGAAAUUCGGCUUUAUUGUCAUGGACGGUAGCGGUACGCUCUUCGGAACUCUGAGUGGAAAUACUCGAGACGUUAUUCAGAAAUUCUCGGUCGAUUUGCCCAAGAAGCACGGUCGUGGUGGUCAAUCCGCUCUGCGUUUCUCUCGCCUUCGAGACGAAAAGCGUCACAACUACGUCCGCAAAGUCGCCGAAUUGGCUGUGCAGAACUUUAUCACCGCCGACAAGGUCAACGUGGCCGGCAUCAUUCUUGCGGGUUCCGCCGAUUUCAAAAACGAUCUGAACCAGUCCGAUCUAUUCGAUCAACGUCUGCAAUCCAAAGUCAUCAAAGUCGUCGAUGUGUCCUAUGGCGGUGAAAACGGUUUCAACCAGGCUAUUGAGUUGGCUGCAGAGACUCUUGGAAAUGUCAAAUUCAUCCAGGAGAAGAAACUGAUCGGUAAAUACUUUGAGGAAAUCAGCCAGGACAGCGGAAAAGUUUGCUACGGUAUUGAAGAUACCCUCAAAGCUUUGGAGCUCGGUGCUGCAGAGACUUUGAUUGUCUACGAAAACCUUGACAUUACUCGCUGGGUUCUCAAAGCGUCCGACGGCUCAGAAAUCAUCCUUCACACAACCAAGGCCCAAGAAGCCAACCGAGAGCAGUUCAUGGACAAGGAGUCCGGCCAAGAGAUGGAAAUCAUCGAACAAGGCUCUUUCUUGGAGUGGCUCGCUGAGAAAUACAAGGACUUUGGUGCCGCUUUGGAGUUUGUGUCUGACCGUUCUAGCGAGGGUAACCAGUUCGUCAAGGGUUUUGGUGGUAUCGGUGCCUUGCUCCGAUACAAGGUGAACUUUGAACAACUCGCAGACUUUGAGGACGACGAUGAGUUUUACGACGGGAGCGAGGAUGAGCGCCCAGAAAUUCCCCCAGCGGAUGUUCUGACGGCUCGCCGCGUCAAAAGCAAAGCCGUUGCCAAACAGAUUUUCGAGGCCGUUCUUGUGAAAGUCGGUUGUCUUGAAACUGAGAUAUCCGCCGACUUGGUCCGAGGCCCAUCCAAGCUCCACAUAGUGGAUGCAUUCACCAGUACGGCAUGUGUGACUCGAAUUGUUUGA